AUGUCUUUUAUGCGUAUGUUCAAAUCCACGAAAAAGAACAACAAUAAGGAAAAUGUACCCUCCAUGGAUCGAGAGAACAGGGAUCGAACUAUCGAUAGAGAUUCAUUCAGAAAUUCUUCUAUGAUGGAGUCUUUCAAUGGAGGUGUAUACGCAGGAGAAGUUAAAAACGCUCACAUAAUAAAUCCGUAUUCUGUUGUAACAGCACCAAAGAAAAACAAAGGACCAAGAUCGUGUCCUGGAGCUCCCAUGGAUUCCCGUUCGGAAAGGAGCAGCCGUAGUUCUCGUCCCUUCAAUGAUAGGCAUCUGAACAACUCUGUUCGCUAUGAAAAUUUAAGAGUACACAGAAGAAAUGAUUAUGGUCAAAGAAAUUAUAUGUCUGAUAUUGCUAAUAGAAGUAUCAAAGAAGAACCACAACGAGAUCAGUACUACGAAAGUUUUCCCGAAUCGGAUGAAGAAGAACAUGACUUAAGAAUAAGAAUGUUAGAAACAAAAUUAGGAAAGAUGCAAAGAAGGUACCAUGAGGAUGUUAAGCAUCUUAAGAGAGAGCUGGAAAUCAGUAGAGAUGAAAUUGAACAUUAUAAGAGAAAUUUCGAGCGACAAUCACGAGCAUAUUUAAAUGCUAAAAAAAGUUUGGACUUGGAAAAACAACAGAUGAUCCGUUUAAAAAAAGCCUUACAACAAGCCAACACAAGAGUAAUCGAAUUAGAAGACCUUUUAGCUUCGGGAAAUGAAAACUCUUUACUUAUGUGCUCUUACGAUUCUGGUGGUGUAUGUAACGGAACUACUGGUGCGGGAGAAGCACUUUGUGCAAUGGGGGAGCACAUUGGUGAUCUCAAUGAUAUGGUUAACUCGAGUACUCCCAGUAUCUCUAUGUUCCAGGAAGGAACUAAUGAUCUGGAUGCUCAGGAUGAGAUGCGAAUAUUUCGGACAGUAGAAGUGGAGGACGGCGAUGAUGAUUAUGAAACUCCUCCUAUCGAAAAACCAAGAGAUGCUUGCUCUCCCGUUGAACUGAACAUUUUUCCACUAAAGACACCAAAACUCACAAAAUCACUUUCUGAUACUGAUCUCACCGCAGUUACCAUAACCGAAGAACCAAGAACUAAUUUGAAUAAUAGUGUAAUGCCUAAACGGACGUUUCAAAAAGAUCUCUACGCUAAAGCACAAGCUCAGUUUCAAUCUGAAUUGACUUCUGAAUCUUCCGAUGAGGAAGCUUAUAAGGUUAUCGAAAGACAACUGAAAAAGAAAGGGGGAUUAGUUAAAUUCCAACCUCCUAGACCUCAAGUGCAAGCAAGGCACUAUAAAAAAUAUGGGAAAAACGAAAGAAAUGCUUUAGCCGAGUUUGAAUAUCUCCAAGAUCUCUCUUCAGAUGUCAGUGGGAUGCUCUCUAGCCCUGACGUCGGUGGUCUUCAAGCCCAAAUGAAAUGUUAA